GUUUGUUACCAGCUUCUAUCGAGUUUUCAAACCAAAUAGAAUUCCACAGGCGUUUGCAGGAUGUUUCUAAUGUAAGAUUAGUCUACAUGAGACGUUCAUUUGUCACAAUUUAAAUCGAGUUUUGAUUUUAUAAAAGGUGUGGUCUAUCUUUUCUUUAUCUGAACGUUGUGACAAAGAAAGUAACUAGAAUACACAUUUAGUUUCGUGUUUUAUUUGAAGAAACGUUGAAGAAAGAAUACAGUAACAUUAGCUUCCACGAUGGAUCGGGACCGAGCUAUCCCGUCCCCCUCCAACCUGCCGGAGUCCCCUGGUCACAACUCUCCUGGUAGUGCCUUACUGCUGGGUCUGAAGAGGGUGUCUGUGAGGCUGGUCGACUGCAGGAAAACACCAGGGCUGAGUGGAACUGUGAGAGAAGGACACGAGGAGGGAGAUGGAGAUUUGAUUUCAUCAAGGGACACCCCUAACCGUCGUUCUCUCAGUGGGAGGGGCUUAUCAUCUGGGGAGCCUCAACAACAUCAUGUUGCUGACGAGACAGAGAAGAGUCUCUCCCAAUCAGAACAUCCCAAGAAACACCAGCAGAGACGUACAGGGAAGAAACCUCACCACUGCUGCUCUGACUGUGGGAAGAGUUUCACAAGCCAGAGUGGCUUCAUUAUUCACUGUGAUCAGUGUGGGAAGAGUUUUGCUGCAUCAAACACCUUCAAAUCUAAUGUAAGAAUUCAUACAGGGGAAAAGCCUUACCCCUGCCUUGAUUGUGGGAAAAGCUUUGUUAGUGCAGGAGCCUUAACCAUACACCAGCGUGUACAUACUGGAGAGAAGCCUUAUAGCUGUCAUCAGUGUGGGAAGAGCUUUAAUCAGUCAGUCAACCUGACUACACACCAGCUAAUACACACAGGAGAGAAGCCUUAUAGAUGUGAUCAGUGUGGAAAGAGCUUUUCAAUAUCAUCAAAACUAACCAUACACCAGCGAAUACACACAGGAGAGAAGCCUUAUAGCUGUGAUCAGUGUGGAAAGAGCUUUGCUGUAUCAGAAAAACUAACUAUACACCAGCGAAUACACACUGGAGAGAAGCCUUAUAGCUGUGAUCAGUGUGGGAAGAGCUUUUCUGUAGUUUCCUCCCUGAUUAGACACCAGGUAAUACACACUGGAGAGAGAACUUAUGUCUCUAUGUGGGAAGAGCUUUGGUCUAGCUUCCUCCCUGACUACACACCAGCGAACACACACAGGAGAGAAGCCUUAUAGCUGUGAUCAGUGUGGGAAGAGCUUGGCUGUAUCCGAAAAACUAACUACACACCAGCGAACACACACUGGAGAGAAACCUUACAGCUGUGAUCAUUGUGGAAGGGGCUUUUCUCAGUCCGUAAACCGGAAUAUACACCAGCGAACACACACAGGAGAGAAGCCUUACAGCUGUGAUCAUUG